UUCCAGCUCCAUUAGAAAAAAAAAACAAGAAUGAAAACGUGGCCUUAUUCCCUUUCUCUCCUGUUCUCACUGGGAGUAAUUGGAGUGAUGAUUUCAAGAAAUACAAGCUCAGUCUGCUUCCAUAACUUGUACUUUGUUCUAUGUUUUCUAGUACAUUUCUGCUCCAUUCUUCAUUGUUUAUGACAAUGGGUUUUCAACCCCCCCCCCUCUUUUUCUUUUGAGCUAAGGAUAAGCAUUUGAGUGGAAAGAUCAUCAUCAGAUUCCUAUUUCUCCCAAGGCCAUGGUGUAUCGCGUUAAAGUUAUUCGUAAGAGAGCAGAGAGGCUUGAACGGAAGCGAGUGCAAAACUAUAAAGUGCACGCGGAGCGACUAUCUGCAUUUGAAGAAUUGCUUAAUGAGAUUUAUACAGUUUGCCGCCCUAAACCAAGUGAUUAUGAAGUUAGGAAAGAUUUGAUUUCUGCUUUUAAUGAGAUAGCAAAGGAUAUCUAUGGAUGUUCUGGUAAUGUUCCUGUUGUGGAGGAGUUUGGAUCUUUUGUAAUGGAUCUAUUCCAUUCAAAGAGUGACCUAGAUCUAUCUGUUAAUUUUGACAACAGUCCAGUUAAAUUUUCACGUGAGAAGAGGAUUCAAACUCUCAGGAAAUUUGCAAAGAAGUUAUAUGCACUUCAAACAUAUGGGCAUGUUUCUGGAGUUCAUCCAAUUACAGCUGCCAAGGUGCCGGUUCUGAAAGUUGUUGACUGUGGAACGAAAGUUGAGUGCGAUAUAUCAGUUGAAAACAGGGAUGGAGUUUCAAAGUCUAAGAUAAUCCACAUGAUUUGUUCACUCGAUGAAAGGUUUCAGAAGCUGAGCUUUUUGAUGAAAACUUGGGCAAAAGCGCAGAAUAUUAAUAGCUCAAAAGACAGAACUUUGAAUUCAUUAUCUGUAAUACUUUUGGUUGCUUUUCAUUUCCAGACACGAAAUCCUCCAAUACUUCCGCCAUUUUCUGCCAUAUUAGAAGAUGGCUGUGAUCCAGAUGCAGUGGCAAAGUCGUUGAAGAAGUUUGUGAACUAUGGGAAGAGGAACAAAGAGUCGGUGGCUGAGCUGCUAGUUACACUGUUAAUCAAGUUAUUAUCGAUUGAGAAACUAUGGGCCAAAGGGUUAUGUGCAAGCACCUAUGAAGCAUCUUGGCUAUCUAAAACAUGGGACUCCAAAGUUUGCUGCAUCAGUGUUGAGGAUUUCACUGAUCGGUCUCAAAAUGUUGCAAGGGCUGUUGGGAAAGGAGAAGUAAAACGCAUAUACAAGUGUAUCCAGCGUACUAGCAAAUACAUUUCUGCUUUUAUGGAUGGCCUUGUCGAAAUACCCACAUUAAAAUAUCAGUUGUUUGGCCAUGCUGCUCCCUUUCAAGAAGGUUCUGAGACAAGGAACAUUAAAGAAGAUGGAAAUACAGUCACUCUUCCUUGUAGAGAUAUCAAGAAUAAGGAGGAUCAACUUAAAGAAGGCCAGUCGGCUAAACCUUCUGAACCUAUCGCGAAAAAAAGAAAAUGGUCUACCGAAGGUUGGGAAGGAUCAACUUCAGUGAGCUGUGGACAGUCCAAAGGAAAAUGGUCUACUGAAGGUUGGGAAGGAGUACGUUCAGCGAGUUGGGCACAGUCCAAGGAGGACGGUGGACCACCCGAUUCUCCCUGGUCAAAAGGAAAAUGGUCUACUGAAGGUUGGGAAGGAGUAUGUUCAGCGAGUUGGGGACAGCCCAAGGAGGAUGGUGGAGCACCCGACUCUCCCUGGUCAAAAGGAAAAUGGUCUACUGAAGGUUGGGGACAGCCUAAGGAGGAUGGUGGAGCACCCGACUCUCCCUGGUCAAAAGGAAAAUGGUCUACCAAAGGUUGGGAAGAAUUAACUUCAGUGAGUUGGGGACGGUCAAAAGGAAAAUGGUCUACUGAAGGUUGGGAAGGAGUAUGUUCAGCGAGUUGGGGACAGUCCAAGGAGGACGGUGGACCACCCGACUCUCCCUGGUCAAAAGGAAAAUGGUCUACUGAAGGUUGGGGACAGCCUAAGGAGGAUGGUGGAGCACCCGACUCUCCCUGGUCAAAAGGAAAAUGGUCUACCAAAGGUUGGGAAGAAUUAACUUCAGUGAGUUGGGGACGGUCAAAAGGAAAAUGGUCUACUGAAGGUUGGGAAGGAGUAUGUUCAGCGAGUUGGGGACAGUCCAAGGAGGACGGUGGACCACCCGACUCUUCCUGGUCAAAAGGAAAAUGGUCUACCAAAGGUUGGGGAAAAGCAUCUUCAGCAAAUUGGGGACAGUCAAACAGGGACGGUAUACUACCAGACUUUACCCGGAAAAAAAGAAAAAGAUCAGAAGAAACCCCGGGAGGAACUUCUUCUGCUCAAUGGUUGGGAAAAUCAGACACAAAAAGUUGGCCCAAAAGAAAGCAUAACAAUAAGUAUGCAUCUAAGGCUAAGUGGCAAAAAAUGCAGACAGGAGGUUGGGGAGGAAGCUAAAUGAACCAUGUGAUUCCGGAUGAAGUAGGUUGCACGUAUUUAGUUGGCUCAUCUGCAACAACUUUUACAUUCUUGCUAGGACUUAGGGAGUGUCUCGUAUGAGCUAGGUUUUAUCCUCUUGUUUUUGUACUGGUUGGUUAGGACAUUCUGUACAGAUUUACCUAAGCAAUGACCUAACAAGAUGGAAUGUUAACUGCUCAAAGUACAUUUGAUUUAUGUACCUUAUGAACAUCAAGGAAUUGAAAGAAAAAGGGAUUCUCGAGAAGCCAAUUCUCUCUCCCUAUUUACUUUA